AUGUCUUCCAACACUCCAAACCGCCGAACGCGCAUCGACUUUGAUGCGAUCAGGGGGUUCAGGGGGUCUUCUCAAAGCACGAAACGCCAGGGUGAGCACCUCACAGGUGUUGAGAAACCCAGUGGCCGUGUCACUGGCUUUAAUCCCGCUACAGGAUCUCUGAGGACACUCUCGCCCGGAGCCCAUCGUACCAACUCCGCAACUGGCUCGAGGCGUCUGAACCCCCCAGCAGCACCCGGAUCUGGAACAGAGCCCAGCCUGCUCGUGAAGCACCAGUCCCCAUGGGAAAAGUAUAAAAGAAGCCACGGCAUACGACUUGGCGAGGAAGAAGACGACAUGGUGGACGUGGCCGAAGUCAGAGACCCGUGGUCUGACGACAUUAUUGUCCCUCCCAAAAAGGAGGGCCCAACACCGUACGUCGUCGCCGUGAGGAAUUUCUCUACAUACCACGGCGAAGAAAAUUGUCGUAUAUUGCAACAGGUUAAACAUGAGAAUAUCGUGGCCGUGAGAGACAUCUUCCUUUAUGACGACUCAUUCUACGUUGUCUCCGAGCAUAUGCCGAUGUCUCUGAGCCUUUUCACUGGCUUUCCGAAACAUCUCGACGAGGACCAACUAGCGUCGAUAUUGGGACAGGGGGGUUCUGAAUUACGUCUCUGUUGGAGCAAUCCAGGAUCGAGAGAUAUUCGGGCUCUAAGCUUCAUCACAAUGGAGCUGAUGCAAAAGUAUGCCAAAGCCGACGGUGCCGUCGGAGUGGAUGACCUCCGCCGAUGGCCCUCCGAUUCUCUAGCGGUUGGAUUCCUCUCUGAAACGACGUCUGUCACUUCGGCAGAAAGGCUGUUGAAGGCAAGCAAAGCACCUCAGGUUUUCUAG